CGACAGAGCAGGAAAUACCACGUCAGCAGGCCCCCGGCCUGGUCUAUGCUGUUGCGGUCACAUACAACCGUCAUGGACCAGAGGUCCGGAGAAGCAGACGAGGCCUAUCAGGCCCGGAUGCUGGCUUGGAGUACCGAAACAAAGAAACGGGCGGAUGACGCAGCAGCAGCAGCGAAGAAGAAGGCAGAGGACGCCGAACAGGCACGUCUGCUGGCAAUUGAACAACAGCGCCAGCAUGACGAGGCAGCAGCAAUGGCUGCUGAUAAGGAAAGAGUUCAACGUCGUGAGAAGAUAUUUAACGGAGAGCGGACCUUGCUCACAAUGGCAGCGGAACGGCGGACCGAGGCCGAGAAUGGAAAGAUGGAGGAUUGCCAAAACAAGAUCGCUCUCCUCCUCUCCCAACUCACAGACCUCCUGGCUACAUGCAUUACACAGCAGGAGGACAUCCACAGCCUCGACGACUCGCUGGCUCAAGUCCAAGGCCGCCUCCGGCAGCUGGAGCAGCGACCUGUCGCCGCCCCCGAUGCCAGCGCUUCCAACACCUCCGAUCGCCUCGAAGCAUUGGAGAUGGACGUCGGCUCCCUGAAGGACGGCGUGCAGUUACAGCUCCAUAACGCAACAGUUGGAACAGCGGAUCUGUACUACCGCCAACACCUCAAGUUCGGAAACGUCGUACGUGGAACAGCGGAUCUGUACUACCAGCACCACGCGUACUUAUACUCCCGGUCGGGGGGCGCAUGCCAGGCAUGGUUGGACAAUCUCUUGUCCAAGUACGGCGUAGUAGCUGGCGACUUGCACACCAAGAUCAGUUGGGAUGAUCUGAAGGCGGCUUGGCACAAGCGGUUCCAAGUCGAGCCGCCGGAGAUCAAGGCUAUGGACAAGCUCAUGGUCUUUGAACAAUGCACGUUGGCAAGUACAGACUGGAUUGUCGAGUACCAAUGCUUGACAUCAGUCCUUGACAUCCAGAUGGGCUUCAAGGCCAUCCGCCACUAUUUCAUCUCAAGGUCUUGUCCAGCAUUAAGUAAUGCCCUGACUCACGUCGAGGACACCUUGACGACGACGGCAGAACUUUUUGACAAGGCCGCGCAGAUCAUCAUUACGAACAAGGAGGCUAAGAACCUGCGUUCGUCUACGGUAGGCCCGAGCAGAGACCAACAUCAGCCAAGAGUGGCCGUGGUCGCGGCGGCAACGCCGUUUGACCAAACUAGCGAGGCCGUGUCUGCCCAUGAAGGAAACAGACUCGCAGCUGCCCAGGAAGGUGGCCGCCCCGGCAGAGGCCGAGGACGCGAAAAGACGAAGACACACACCGCAUCUAGCCCCGGGCCCGGCGCAGCAGCUCCAGCCCCAUGGUCCCAAUAUGGCAUCUCUGAGCAAGCAUUCAAGGCGCGCACGAGAUUCCACUAUUGCCUCUGGCGAGGGCAAACAAGGAAAUUAAGCACCGCCGAGAGUGACUCGACAACACUCUCGACGCCUCCGGAACCGGUUUCUUCACGAGUAACCGGCCUUCAUUCCGAGGCGCAUGCGGAAGUCGAUAGUCCUCUUCUAUAUUAUUUUGAGGACUAUGUUGCCCGGUUUGUUCCUACGCUGGGUACUCAAGCUCCACGACUAGACGUGUGUGCGGCAUCUUCUCCGUCCGGCAGCGGCGACUUAGCGUCUUCAAGUGGUUCUUCACGGGAUUCGGCGCGCGAGUUCAACAUAGAGGUAUUGGACCCGCUCACGUCCGAGGACAUUGCAUGGCUUCCUCUCCCGACCACAGGCCGCUUGCCGGGACCGCAAAGCACAGCACUAUGCGUUCAUCUCCACAUGUACUUAUCCUUCUAUGCACCACCAACUUCGUCGACGGAUGAUGAAUACCUGGUGGGGGACAUCCUUGCGUAUGUUACCGAGGUGGCCCGCGAGUUUCGCACACAGCGGUACGAUGACAACAACGCACCGAUCAUGUAUGUCCGCAUCCAGGUUGGGCAAGCGUCCUGCAAUGCUUUGCUGGAUAGCGGCGCGUCUCGCAAUUUCAUGAGCCAAUCUUUUAUGCAAAGGGCUGGCCUUGGCGCACAAGUUCAGAGGAAGGCAAACCCGACGGCGAUCAAGUUGGCGGAUGCGAAAAUGCAGCAACUUCUCGACCGUUACAUCGACGCCGUACCGGUUUAUUUCGCACUUCAUGCAUGCGAACCGGUUACGUUCGACAUUCUCGACACGGACUUCAACAUCAUUUUGGGAAUGCCUUGGCUUGCAAGUGCGGAUCACACGGUCAACUUCCACCGGCGGACUCUUAGCGUUCGCGACGCCUUCGGCGUCGAACUGGACGAGUUCGCCGACAUCUUCGAGUCACCUACCGGUGUGGUGCCGGAUCGGCCGAUCUCUCAUGAGAUCAUUCUUGAGACCGGUGUCGUGCCGCCGAAAGGUUGCAUCUAUCGGAUGAGCGAGGAUGAACUUGUGGUGCUAUGCGCACAACUCGACGAUUUGUUGGCCAAGGGCUGGAUCCGCCCUAGUAGCUCCCCAUAUGGAGCACCAGUUCUCUUCGUCCGGAAGAAGAACAAGGAUCUACGAUUGUGUAUCGACUACCGCAAGCUCAACGCGCAAACCGUCAAGAAUGAGGGGCCUUUUCCUCACAUCGACGAUCUUCUUGAGCGAUCGAGCGACGCAAAGUAUUUUUCCAAGUUGGAUUUGAAAUCGGGAAAUCAUCAAAUCUCGACCCGGCUGAAUGAUCGCUACAAAUCCGCGUUCAAGACGCGGUACAGGCAUUUUGAGUGGGUGGUCAUGCCUUUUGGCCUCACCAACGCCCCGACGACCUUUCAAGCGGUAAUGACCAACGAGUUUCGUGCAAUGUUGAACCGGUUCGUGCUGGUCUACUUAUACGAUAUUCUCGUCUAUAGCCGGACUUUGGAGGAUCAUCUUCGGCAUCUUCGACGAGUGUUGGAGACACUCCGCCACGCCAAGUACAAGGCCAACCGCGACAAGUGCGAAUUUGUCCGGCAGCUGGAAUACUUGGGCCAUUUUGUCACACCGGAGGGCAUCAGUCCGCACCCGGUCGAGUACUUCAGCAAGAAAGUGCCCUUUGUGCAUUCCAUUGACGAUGCACGCAAGAAGGAGCUCCUCGCCUUCGUCCACGCGCUCAAGCGGUGGCGGCACUUCCUCCUUGGUCGAAGCCAAUUCCGAUGGGUAACAGACAACAAUCCGUUGGUCUUUUACAAGACCCAAGACACGGUCAACAACACCAUCGCUCGAUGGAUGGCUUUCAUCGACCAGUUCGACUUCUUUCCCGAUCACAUUCCCGGGAAGUCGAACUGUUUUGCGGAUGCUCUUUCACGGCGUCCGGAUCAUUGUACCGCGGUCUACUCAACCUUCGAGAUCAACGAUGACCUGCGGAACAGCUUCAUCCGCGACUACCAAGCCGACCCCGAGUUUCACGACAAGUACGCGAAUUGCUCCUCUCCUAAUCCGGCGCCUUCUCACUACCGGAUCCAAGAGGGGUACUUGCUUGUCCACACACGGGGGAAGGACCUUCUUUGCGUACCGAGUGAUUCUCACUUGCGUACACAGCUUCUUGGCGAGUUCCACAAUGCUCCCGCCACCAGACACUUUGGAGUUAAUCGCACGAUUGGCCGACUUCGCGAACGAUUUUGGUGGCCUGGCCCUCUCGGCGACGUCACGCGCUAUUGCGUGUCAUGCGAGGUUUGCCGACGCUGCAAAUCCCGCAACCAUCGUCCAUACGGCGAGUUACGACCAUUACCAGUCCCGUUGAGGCGAAGGGAAGCGAUUGCCAUGGACAUUACCGGCCUGUUCCCCAAGCACAAGACCGGAGUGGAUGGGAUUCUCACAGUGGUCGACCGACUCACCAAGUUCGCCAUGUUUUUGCCUUGUCGCUAUCAUGCCAAGGCACUGGAGUUGGCCGAGGUUCUCUACGCCGGUUGGAUUCGAACCAAGGGUUACCCCUAGGAAAUUGUCUGCGAUCGCGACACUCGGUUCAUGUCCAAUUUUUGGUUGGCGCUCAACAAGCGAUGGGGCUCAUUUCUCAAGCCCAAUUC